AUGAUCUCGCUGGACGACGGCGAGUACGCGAGCGGCGGCCAUACGCUGGCAGAUGGUGCGCGGUUUGGGCACACGAGCGUGAGCAACUACGCGCAGACCAAGGUGUUUGUGUUUGGUGGGUAUGGGGCGAGCGGGCUCGCGCUGGACUCUGUUGUUGUGGGCAAGGUUGUGCGAGACGGGGUGGAGAGCUGGCAACGGAUGGGCCGGAGCAAGGGCAGCGGAAGCGAGGUGCCGCGCGGGCGGGCGUGGCAUGCUGCGGUUCAGCUCGGCGGGUACGGCGGGGCGAGCAAGAUGGUUGUGAUUGGCGGCGAGUAUGUGACGGAGCGCGGUGUGCAGUAUCUCGGCGAUGUGUGGGAGCUGGAGACUGAGCGCGAGGAGUGGCGUGCUGUUGUGGUACGCGGCAAGUUUGAAGCGCGGUCGAUGCAUAGCGCGGUGGCUGUGGGCCUUGCGGGUGGCGACGGCGGAAGCGGCGGGGUGGGACUCGCGGGCGGGAGCCAGUUGGUGUAUGUGUUUGGCGGACGCGGGCGGCGCGGGUAUCUGGACGACGUGGUGAGCUACAACGGAGUGAGCCGGGUGUUCAGUUCUGUGACGGGGCAUAGCGCGAGCGCGGUGGGCAAGUUCAUGUAUGUGUUUGGCGGGCGGAGCGGAGGCGGGCUGCUGGGCGAUCUUGCACGGCUGGACGUGCAGAGUGGCGAGUGGAGCCAGGUACUGCUUGCAACUUCGGGCGAGUUGCCGCUGGGACGGUUUGGCGGUGUCAUGUGCAUGGGCGGUGAACGUAUGGUUGUGUACGGCGGAUGGACGGAGAGUGGAGGCUGCGGGUGGGCGAACGACGUGUGGCAUGGCGAGGUGGAGGAGGAGGCGCUUGGGCCAGGCGAGGUGGGCGAGGGCGGGAUGGGCCGACUGGGUAUGCGGAUGCUACCUGGCGUGCAGCAGACGAGGCGACAGGCCGCCCGUGCGGGCCGAGCAGUGCUGGCUCGGCGGGCGACGGCGCCUGUGGUGGGGACGAUGUCUGUCAAGACGCCGUUUGUGAUGGGCGGCUCGGGAGUUGCGCUUGCGCCGUGGCGGGUGUGGCCGCAGGCGUGCAAGGUGACGGGCAACGGGCUGUACAGCGGGCGGGCGGGCGAGGAGCGCCGGGUGGUGGUUGCUGUGGCGGACGGGCGUGGCGAGGCGUACGAGUAUGCGCUCGGGGCGCGGCAACGGAUUGUGGUUGUGGCUGCGGGGCGGUCGUGGUUCUGGGGCUCCAAGGCAGGCGCGCGGAUGAAGGUGGCGACCGAGGCCGAGGCGAUCGGGCGCGGGGUGUACGGUGCGCAGUUUGUGCUCGACAGGAUCGGAGUUUACGAGGUGGCGGUGUACUUUGAAGACGAGGACCACUGGCCGGUGCGGACAGCGAUCGCGCGGCGGGUAUGCGAGGUGACUGCAGGCGAGGUCGACGCGGCGCAGAGCGUCGUGCUUGCCGAACCGAAGAGCAGCGUGAGCGCCAACGAAAUGGUGGAGUGGCGGGUGGCGCUCCGCGACGAACACGGCAAUCCGGUGGCCGGCAGCGAGCUGGAGGCAAGCCCCGCGGGCGGGCGGGUGAUGGACCACGGCGACGGGACGUACACGGCGCUGUGGGCAUUUGUCCACGUCGGGCAAUACAGCCUGGCACUUGCACGGGCUGGGCUGGUUGCGCCGGUUUGCGUGCGGGCUGGGCCGAUGUGCGGACACAAGGCUGAGGUGCGGAGAACGAGUGAGGCAGCUGAGCUCGGGGCGUGGCGGCGGCUGCUAGAGGUGGGCGCUGCGCGCGACGAGUGGGGCAACCCGAGCGUGGUCGGGCUCUGUGCCGAGGCUGUCGGCGGGCUCGCAGCCACCAAGAUUGCUAUCGACGACGACGGCAAGGCCGUGGUCGACGUCAAGUCGUUUGUGGCCGGGCGGAGCAUCCAGAUCCGGGUGACGUUGGCCGGCGGGCGGUUGGACGUAGAGGGCUCGCCGGUUGAGAUUGUUGUGGCAACCGAGAGUGACGACGAGAAGGACGAUGAGGGCGAGAGUGGCAGCGUGCCGAUCAUGAUUGUGAUGCCCGAGUAA